AUGUCUGAGGUGCGAAAAUUCACAAAGAGGUUAAGCAAACCCGGGACGGCUGCGGAAGUCAGGCAGAGCGUGUCGGAGGCUGUGAAGAGCUCCGUGGACCUUGUGGAGCAGCCAAAGAUUAUCGAGCCACUGGACUAUGAAGCUGUGGUGUUUCAGAGAAAGGCCCAGAUCCACAGCGACCCCCACCGAGACCUACUGCUCUGCCCUGUCGACGAUGUCUCGUGCAUCAAGAUGUACAACACCGACUGGCAUGUAAUCAACUACAAAUAUGAGGCUUACUCUGGUGAUUUCCGCAUGUUGCCAAGCAAAGGCCUGAAGACAGACAAGCUACCAGCUCACGUGUUUGAGAUCGAUGAAGACGCCAAAGACGAGGACUCGGCAUCACUGUGCUCCCAGAGGGGAGGCAUCAUGAAGCAGGGCUGGCUUCAGAAAGCCAACAUCAACAGCAGCCUGUCUGUCUCCAUGAGGGUGUUCAAAAGGAGGUACUUCUACUUGUCUCAGCUCCCCGACGGCUCCUACAUCCUUAACUCCUACAAGGAUGAGAAGAACUGCAAGGACACCAAAGGCUCCAUCUACCUGGACUCCUGCAUAGACGUUGUCCAGAGCCCCAAGAUGCGCCGCAAUGGCUUCGAGCUAAAGAUGCAAGACCGCUACAGCCACUUCCUGGCUGCGGACAGCGAAGCAGAGAUGGAGGAGUGGGUGAUGACGCUGAAACAGGCUCUGCAGAGCACCACUGAGGCCAGCCAGGACAGGAGGAAUGGUGCUGAGACACUGGACUGUGCCCUGGAUGACGACACUGCCAGCCAAGGUAAAGGGGAGAGCCUGCUGGAGAGCCUGGGGAGGAGCUUACAGCCAGAACUUAUGAAGUAUGCCAGGGAGACCGACCAGCUCAAUAAGAUCAACAGGAAUGAAGGCAGACAAAAGCUUUUCUCUCUGGAUCCUGAGACACAGAGGCUGGACUUCUCCGGCAUCGAGCCAGAUGUGAAGCCGUUUGAGGAGCGUUAUGGCCGUCGUAUCGUGGUCAGCUGCCACGACCUGACCUUCAGUCUCCAGGGCUGCGUCAGUGAGAAGGGCGACGGCGUCCUCACCAAUGUGGAACCAUUCUUCAUCAGCCUUGCUCUCUUUGACGUCUCCAAGAGCUGUAAAAUCUCAGCCGACUUCCACGUCGACCUCAACCCGCCCUGCGUCAGGGAGAUGCUGACCGACGCCUCUGGCCAGCUCUCUCCUUCCUCGGACGCAGAGGGUGGAGGAGGAGGAGGCAGGGGAGGUGGAGUGAUGGUGAACGGAGACUCGAAGUUGAAAGGGAACGGCCUGCCGGUUCUUCAGAGGGUGUCCGAUACUCUGCUGCGUUUCCCUACACAGGGUAUCUUUUCGGUGACCAACCCUCACGCUGAUAUCUUCCUGGUGGCCCGUGUAGAGAAAGUGUUACAGAACGGCAUCACACACAGCGCCGAGCCGUACAUCAAGACCUCUGAUGCCAACAAGACUGCUCAGAAGGUACUGAAAGCUGCCAAGCAGACAUGCCAACGCUUGGGCCAGUAUAGGAUGCCAUUCGCCUGGGCUGCCAAGCAGGUGUUCAAAGACGCUCAGGGCAGCCUGGACAUGGAUGGGAAGUUUUCUCCUCUCUACCGCCAGGAUAGCAGCAAAGUUUCCACCGAUGACAUCAUCAAGCUGCUGGCCGACAUCAGGAAACCAGAGAAGAGCAAGCUUCAGACCAUCCCCGGACAGCUGAAUGUCACCAUUGAGUGUGUCCCACCUGACUUCUCAAAUACGGUGACUUCCUCUUACGUUCCCGUCAAACCCUUCGAGGACGGCUGCGAGCGGGUGUCAGUGGAAGUUGAGGAGUUUCUCCCCGAGGAGGCCAAGUACAACUACCCCUUCACCACCUACAAGAACCAACUCUACAUCUUCCCCCUGCAGCUCAAAUACGACAACCAGAAGACCUUCACCAAGGCGAGGAACAUUGCAGUCUGCAUCCAGUUCCGAGACUCGGAUGAAGAAGGUGCAACUCCAUUAAAGGAACAGGACAGGACAACCUCUCUGACAGAUAAGAUCCAAGGCUCCUCUUGCCACACCUGGACCCUCAUCCUGAGUCAAGCAAUCAGGACUCCCAUCAGCCCUCUCAACUUGCUGCUGUGCAUCUACAGCAAGCCGGGAGACUCACUCUUCACCAGCAGCGCCUACGUAGCUGUCCUGCACCACAAUCAGAGCCCCGAGUUCUACGACGAGGUAAAGAUUGAGCUGCCGGUCCACGUUCAUGAGAAACACCACAUCCUCUUCACCUUUUACCACAUCAGCUGUGAGUCCAGCAGCAAGGCAAGCAGCAAGAAGAGGGAGGGAGUAGAGUCCCUGGUGGGUUACUCAUGGAUGCCUUUGCUAAAAGACGGGAGGAUGCAGUCAGUGGAGCUCCAGCUGCCUGUAGCAGCCACCCUGCCUCCUGGAUACCUCUGUCAGGAAUCCAGGAAGGAUCUGCAUCUACACAAAUUCUUCCAGCACUGCCAGCUGAUGAGGACAACAUCAGAGGGCAACCCAGCAGAACUGAUAAAAUACCUUAAGUGCCUGCAUGCCAUGGAGACUCAAGUAAUGAUCAACUUCCUGCCAACGGUGCUGAUGCAGCUGUUUGGCGUGCUCACAGCAGCAACCAAAGAAACCCAUGAGAUUGCUGUCAACUCUCUGCGUGUGAUCAUACAUAUAGUCUCCAGAUGUCACGAGGAGGGCCUGGAGCACUACCUGCGCUCCUUUGUGAAGUAUGUGUUUGUAACCAACAACCCUGCGUCGGGACACUCAGCAACCACCCAUGAGGUGCUGGCCACCGCUGUAACAGCCACUCUCAAGCAAACAGCUGAUUUCAACACCAGCAACAAACUGCUCAAGUACUCCUGGUUCUUCUUUGAAACCAUGGCCAAAUCCAUGGCCCAGUACCUGCAAGAGGGAAACCGCAUAAAGAUGCCGCGGCCCCAGCGCUUCCCUGACAGUUUCCACCAGGCGCUCCAGUCCCUGGUGUUGUCCAUCAUGCCACACAUCACCAUCCGCCACAUGGAAAUCCUCGAGGAAGCUCGCUGCAUCAACCUGAGCCUGGCCCAUUUCAUCAAGAGGUGCCUGACCGUCAUGAACAGAGGCUUUGCCUUCGGCCUGGUCAACCACUACAUGUGUCAUUUCGGUCUCAAAGAUCCAAAGGUGCUGACUGAAAUGAAAUUUGAUUUCCUGAUGACGAUUUGUAACCACGAACACUUCAUCCCUCUUAACCUGCCAAUGGCUUUCGGGCGCACCAAGCUGCAGAGGGUACAAGAGCAGAGUCUGGAGUUCAGCCUGACGGAAGAAUACUGCCGUAACCACUUCCUGGUUGGCCUGCUGCUGAGAGAAGUGGCUGAGGCCUUGCAGCAAGGGCCCGAGGUCAGACAGCUGGCCGUGAGCGUUCUCAAGAACCUUCUCAUUAAACAUGCCAUGGAUGAUCGAUAUACUGCAUUCAAGAACCAGCAGGCCAGGAUUUGUAUGCUCUACCUGCCACUUUUUGAGCUACUCUACCAGAACCUGAAGCAGCUGUCUGCCCAGCCGCACACCUCCAGCCCCGGGCUCGGCCUCAAUGGCUCCAGAGAUGACCUGAUAUCAACCGGCUCCACAGACAGCAGGAGAAUCAGCACUGCAAUUGAGAGAGACCAUGGUCUGCCCGCUCAGAACGGCCAUGUUGUGAGGAGAGACGACUCCAGAUGCUCUUUGUUUAUGGACUCAGGAACACCAGACAGCAUUGAGCUGCAGAGACGUGGCUCCACCAUGAGCAGCAGCCCCAUGCCUCCCAUCGGCAGACUAGGACAGUAUGAGAUCAGGGGCCUCCUGCUCUCCUUCCUGCACAUUGUCAAGACCCUGUCCGAGGACACUCUCAUGGCCUACUGGAACAAAAUCAGCCCUCAAGACAUUAUGAACUUCCUCAGCUUGCUUGAGAUCUGUGUGGUUCAGCUCCGUUACAUUGGGAAAAGGAACAUUGUCCGGAGUCAGGACAUAUGCAUGCCAAAGCUGUUCUCCUCAGACAGGAAGUCACAGACGAUGCCGGCUAUGCGCUGCAACCGAGCCAGCCUCAUGCAGACGAAGUUACACCAGUUUGGCACCAUGGAAACCUCCCUCACUCUCAAUAUCGGGACCGGGCCAUCAGAGGCAGAGAUCCAUCAUCAGGCUCUGCUGGAGGGCAACAUCUCCACCGAGGUGUCCCUUAGUGUCCUGGAUGUCCUCUCUCUUUUCACUCAGUGUUUUAAGACCCAGCUGCUAGACAGCGACGGUCACAACCCCCUGAUGAAGAAGGUGUUUGACGUUUACCUCACCUUCCUCAAAGUUGGCCAAUCAGAAGCCGCCCUCAGACACGUGUUUGCCGCGCUCAGGGCUUUCAUCAACAAGUUCCCAUCGGUGCUGUUCAAGGGCCGCGUCACGCUGUGCGAGGCUCUGUGCUGCGAGGUGCUCAAGUGCUGCGUCUCCAAGCUGGGAUGUCUGAGGGCCGAGGUGUCAGCCCUGCUCUACCUGCUGAUGAGAAACAACUACGAGUACACCAAGAGGAAGACCUUCCUACGCACACACCUGCAGAUCAUCAUUGCUGUAAGCCAGCUGAUCUCCGAUGUGGCGCUGUCCGGCAGUUCACGCUUCCAGGAGUCUCUCUCUAUCAUCAACAACUUUGCAAAUAGUGACAAGGCCAUGAAGUCGACGGCAUUCCCCUCUGAAGUGAAGGGUCUGACCAAACGCAUCCGCACAGUGCUGAUGGCCACAGCCCAGAUGAGGGAGCACGAGAAAGACCCAGAGAUGCUGUUGGAUCUCCAAUACAGCCUGGCCCGGUCCUACGCCAGCACGCCCGAACUGAGACGUACCUGGCUGGACAGCAUGGCGCGAGCACACCUCAAGAAUGGAGAUCUGUCUGAGGUAUCAGCAGAAACACUUUGA